AUGGCGCAGCAAGGAGUUCAGCUGGACCAGGAAACAAUUUCCUGCUCGAUCUGUCUGGAUCUUCUGAAGAAUCCGGUGACUAUUCCCUGUGGACACAGCUACUGCAUGAACUGUAUUAAAAUCCACUGGGAUGAAGAGGUUGUGAAGGAAAUCUACAGCUGCCCUCAGUGCAGACAGGCCUUCACACUGAGGCCUGUCCUGGUGAAAAACACCAUGUUAGCAGUUUUAGUGGAGCAGCUGAAGAAGACUGGACUCCAAGCUGCUCCUGUUGAUCACUGCUAUGCUGGACCUGAAGAUGUGGCCUGUGAUGUCUGCACUGGGAGGAAGAUGAAAGCUGUCAAGUCCUGUCUGGUGUGUCUUGUCUCUUAUUGUGAGAAACACCUCCAACCUCAUUAUGAAUCUCCUGCAUUUGAAAAACACAAGCUGGUCGACCCCUCCAAGAAGCUCCAGGAGAACAUCUGCUCUCGUCAUGAUGAGGUGAUGAAGAUGUUCUGCCGUACUGAUCAGCAGAGUAUCUGUUAUCUCUGCCCUGUGGAUGAACAUAAAGGCCACGACACAGUCUCAGCUGCAGCAGAAAGGACUGAGAGGCAGAGAGAGCUCGAGGUGAGUCGACAAAACAUCCAGCAGAGAAUCCAGGACAGAGAGAAAGAUGUGAAGCUGCUUCAACAGGAGGUGGAGGCCGUCAGUUGCUCUGCUGAUAAAGCAGUGGAGGACAGUGAGAAGAUCUUCACUGAGCUGAUCCUUCUCAUCCAGAAAAGAAGCUCUGAUGUGAAGCAGCAGAUCAGAUCCCAGCAGGAAACUGAAGUGAGUCGAGUCAAAGAGCUUCAGGAGAAGCUGGAUCAGGAGAUCACUGAGCUGAAGAGGAAAGACGCUGAACUGAAGCAGCUCUCACACACAGAGGAUCACACCCAGUUUCUACUCAACUACCCCUCACUGUCACAACUCAGUGCAUCUACAGACUCAUCCAGCAUCAAUAUCCGUCCUCUGAGAUACUUUGAGGAUGUGACAGCAGCUGUGUCAGAGCUCAGAGAUAAACUACAGGACAUCCUGAGGGAGAAAUGGACAAACAUCUCAGUGGCAAUGGCUGAAGUGGACGUUUUGCUGCCACAACCAGAACCCAAGACCAGAGCUGAGUUCUUGGACUUUUCACAUCAAAUCACACUGGAUCCAAACACAGCACAUGAAAAAGUGUUAUUAUCUGAGAGGAACAGAAAAGCAACAGUCAUGGGUGAAAAACAGUAUUAUUUUAGUCACUCAGACAGAUUCACUGGACAUUUUCAGGUCCUGAGUAGAGAGAGUCUGACUAGACGUUGUUACUGGGAGGUGGAGAGGAGCACGGGAGGAGUUUCAGUGGUAGUUGCAUACAAAGACAUUAAGGAUUUGAAUGAAAGAUUUGGAGAAAAUAACAAGUCAUGGGCAUUAGACUUUUACAAACGUCGUUAUGAAUUCAGACAUGACAGUAUCUCAACUCCCGUCUCAGGUCCUCGUUCCUCCAGAGUAGGAGUGUACCUGGAUCAGAGAGCAGGUAUUCUGUCCUUCUACAGCGUCUCUGAAACCAUGACUCUCCUCCACAGAGUCCAGACCACAUUCACUCAGCCUCUCUAUGCUGGUUUUUAUCUUUAUGGUCCAAAUGGAAACACUGUUGAGUUGUGUGAGUUUAAGUAG